AUGAGAAAUGUAAGUGUUUUUGUGAUCUUUUUAAAAUCUUUGUCUACUAUCGAAAUUAUUUUGAUCAAAACGUAGUCCUUAGUAAGUACCAGUAUUUCAAUUUAUAAACUUGAAGUUUGAGUCCGUUCUUUUAAAUUCUAUCCUCAUUUAGAUAACCAAAAAAAUUAACCCCAUAGUUGAAUAUAAUAAAGGAGGUAUUUAGCACAAGUCUCUUUUCUUUAUUAGAACUGAAGAUUUAGAUUAAUUAGAUAAAUUAACAUUAAUUAUAUAAUUAAUGGGAAUUUAACAUACUUGUUGUAUGAGAGAGUGUUCGAACAGAGAAUAGAAUCCAGAUUCUGAAGUGCAGGUGAUCUAGAAUUAAUAGAAUUUUAAUAUAAAACGAUAGUUAUCAAUUGAAAACUAGACUUUAAAGACAACAUAGAAAGGAACAAUUUAAAUAAGUGAAAUGGAUAACACAUUUGAAAUGCUGGAGGAGAAUUAAUCGAGUAAUUUGGAAAACAACCCAGUACCAGCAUUUGUCUAAAAUAAAUAAUUUCAUUAAUUCAUGGUUCCAAAGAGAGAAAAUCGAUUUAUGUAAGACAUCGAGUGUGAAGUGAGAGAAAGAAUUAAGCAAAUGUAAUUGUUUCUAUAAAGUUUAGGUAUAUUAAGGACAAAUUCGAAGCUUUAUAAUCACAUUAUUCUGAAUUAAAUCGUGAAUAAAAUCCAUCAAAAUCUAAUGAGUGUUCCUUCAAAGUUCCUAUUUAUAAUGAAACUAAUAGUAACUUAAACUUUCCCUUGAAUUCAAGUCUAGGCAUUGAAAAAUUGUAAAGCACACAAUUAGAAUGCAUUACAGUUCCACACAAGGAGAUGAGAGGAAUAUUAAAAUGUGAUUCGUCUUAAAAAUAUUCUUAAUCUGCAGAUGCAAAAACUGAGAAAGCAAUCAGUAAUAAAAAAAGGGUUCACUUCUCCUAGGAUACAAAAUUCAAGACUUAAGAUGCAACCCAUAUGUAUAAAUGGAGAAACUUAAGAAAUAUAUGA